CUCUCCCACCCCCUCGCUCUUUUCUCUCGCUCGCUCUUUUCUCUCCUUUUCCUUGGGCCCGGGCAGCGCGCGCCCCGCCCAGCUUCUACCCCGCGCUAGAUAUAUAUACGGCGGCGUUGCAAACUGGGCUGAGCAGAGCCGGGUUGGGACUGGAGUGGCGGCAGAAGGGAAGGAGGGGAAGUAAGCAGCCCGCUAGGUAUACAGUAUAGCUAUAGAUAUAUUGCUUGGGUAGGUGGCGGCUGGAAUUUAUCCAUUUUUAUUUUUCCUUUUUACACGGUUUUCUCCCGCUGCUUCCUGUUUUUCUCCCUCCCCCUCGUCGCGCACCCCGUUUGCAAAACCCGGACUCUCCGUUGUUUUGAUUUGCCCACCGCUGGCUGCAUCGCCUCUUGUCUUGCUUGCACUGCGGGUGGGAGCUGCUUGGCCGGGGCGCCCGAGGGCUCUGCCCGCCCGCCGGCGUUUCUUUUGCACCAUGAAAGCGGUGAGUCCCGUGCGACACCCCAGCAGGAAGGCGCUGGCGGGCUGCUGUUGCGGAGGAGGAGGUGGAGGUGGAGGCGGCGGCGACCUGGCGCUGCGUUGCCUGGCCGAGCACGGCUGCUACAAGGGGAGCCCGUCUCCGGGCGAGGAGCCGGCGGCGCUGUGCCUCCAGUGCGAUAUGAAUGACUGUUACAGCCGCCUCCGGAAGCUGGUGCCCACCAUCCCGCCCAACAAGCGGGUCAGCAAAGUGGAGAUCUUGCAGCAUGUCAUCGACUACAUCCUCGACCUGCAGCUGGCCCUCGAGACGCACCCGGCGCUGCUCCGGCAACAGCAGCAGCAGCAGCCGCCGCUGCCGCCUCCCCCGCUGCACCCGGCCAGCUACCCGGCAGGGCCUCCCAGGACCCCGCUCACAGCGCUCAACAGCGACCCGGUAAGAGCCGCGGCGGCGGCAGCGGGCAGAGAAGCCGGGCGCUGCUCGUAGCUCCGACGGGCCGGGGAGGGGAGAGAGAGGCGCGCCGGGUUGGGCAGCGGUAGGAGCGCACACGCGCCGCUCAACUCCGCCGGGGCGCUCGGAGGCGGGACGCCGUGCGCCCCCAGAGCGGGAGGAAUGGAUGGAUGGAUAAACGGGUGGCCGUGGCCCUCCUGCUUUUUAUGGAGCGAGAACCUGCUCCUCUUUCUCCCCCCCUCCCGUAGCGAAAAGACCUAGAGCAGAUCAUUGGGGGGGGGGGGCAAAGUAGAGCCCCGAGGUUGCGAUCCACCGACCCUCGAAAGCUCGGGAGUGCUUUCAUGUGAAGGGUCCAUUUCGGGGCCCCGUUAAGCGAUUGGGUGCAAGAUCGGGUCCCGACACUGCGAUCCACCAGACAAUGAAGUCGGGGCGUGGGGAUCUUUGGAGCGACCCCCCAUCCUCAAAGCUUCCCCCUUCCCUCCUUUGGUGAUGUCUGAUUUAGGUAGAGUGCGCGCCUGCCGGACACGGACAAUUGUUCUUCCUGUAUUUUGUACAGCAUCUAGCAUACGGUGGCAGCCUGCAGUCUGCAGAAUACUAGCAUCGGAUCGGGUGCCGACCUCUGCAGGAGGGAAGCUCGUUAAAUCCCGACAAUAUGGGUUAAUUGGCUUGUGGGUUGCAAAUUGCACGUGAAAUUGGGUUGCCUGUGUUUUUGUGCAAGUGCCAAUAUAGACACAUAACUGCACACUUAACAGAGUGCAAGAUGCAAUUUGCACAUGUAUACCUAUGUGUACACAUACAGACUGUAUUGUCAUUCGGUAGCUAUACAUAUGCACUACAUAGCCUUUCUGUUUCAGCUGGUGUGCAGCAAAGUGGAUCUAGCCUUUGCAUGUUUCCAGGCGCAUAAUUCACUUAACGUGCCACUUGUAUAUGCCUCAUAUGCAGCCUACUUCCAUUUCUUGGAAUGGGCUUUAUUUCCCCAUCUCACAUGGGAGGUCUUCUUAUGGAGCCAGUGUGGAUACAGAUGCAUAUCGGCACACAUCUGCCUCACAGUGCUGAGCUGGGUCCCACAGAUCGGGCUGGACACAGCUUUGGAAGAGAACUGAGAUACCUACUGCAUCCACUAGUUGUGGUGUUUAUGACUAGAGGUGGCUUGGGGUCAGUGCAUUUAGGACUAGACCAUUAAAAAUACAAAAUACAAGCACUCCAGAUGGGUAGGAAUAUUAAUUGUUUCAAUUAAUAUUAUGUGAGACUAGACUACCAUCAUCUUUCCCUAUGAUCUACCAUCCCCUGCAGUGAAGAUCUACUCAAAGAAAGAAUCGUGCUCCAGUUGUUCAGUUAACAAACUCACACCUCUUGUCAAAUCUCUGGGUUUUGCUAUGGAUGAUGCCCUUCCUUGGUUGCACAGGGGAAGCACAUGACCCUCAGCUGCAACUGGGGUCCCUGUGGGUCUGCAAAGCAAGAGGCUGUCACGUUUGGCAGCAUGCAACCUGUCACUAGUUGCUAGCCCAGGAGGGGAUCCAUAGAGAGCUUGCAGUUUCCUCUGCCCCUUUGUGAGGUUGUCCUGCUUCCCUUUAUUGUGGGGCUUCUCAGCCUUCUAGAGAGCCACGCGAGGAAGGUUGCCGAUUGCUAAGCUUGUUGUUUGUGCUAACUCUAACGCCGCACUCCUGUUCUCUCGUUACUGUGCAGGCUGGGGCUGUUAAUAAGCCAGGGGACAGUAUUCUGUGCCGCUGAACUGCACUUGCAAGGUGAGUAUCCUCUUUUUAAGAUUUGGUGUGUCAGCAGAGCUGGGGUCAGGGUCCUUUGCCGUGCAUGUUGGUUUCCAUCUAAGGCUGCAAUUCUAGGUACACUUACCUGGAACCAAGUCUCGUACAAUUCCCUAGGCCUUCAAAGUAAAUAUAGUUGGGAUCAGGUUGUAAUUCUUGCUCAACAAUUAGGCACUCCAGUCUCAGGCACACUUACUGGAAACUGAGUACAAUUGGAACCGUAGGACAUGAGUACCUGUUAGACGUAUUUACACUUCGUAUGCUAGGCUGCAAUUUACCAGCUAAUUCAGGCAGAUUUAAGAUUUAAACCAAUGUAAUCCAGUCAAUUCAAUUGUUCAGUUGUUCUGGCUUAAUGAUUUUGUGACUCAGGUUCAAACGUACACUUAUUUUCUAUUUAAUUCUACACGUUUACCUUACAGGGGCAGGUCAAUGUGUAUACACUUAUUUAUUUACUAUAUAUAUAGGAUUGUGGCAGGUUAAAUAAAAUCAACCUUUUCAAUAAAUUCCAGAUAGUGUACAUUAAAUAAAACAGCGGGGGGAAACAAUGCACUUUCUCAUAUUCCUUUAAGGAAGAGGAGUGUUGCAUUUUUGUCUACAUCUUCAGGCUCUUAACUGGUUCACAGAUCAGGCCGUCUCCUUGGCAUGUUCCUUAGGAGUUCUGUCCCUUCCCAUAAAAGCAAUGAAUAAUACAUUUAUGGAAAUGUUGGUUGUCUUAAAGGAAUUCUUUGACAGUCAGGCUGUGAUCUGCACACCCACUUGCUGGGAAGCAAGUCCCAUUUAACUCCAUGCGACUUGCUGCCAAGUAAACAUGCCUAGGACGGGGCGCAGUGUUUUCUUGCCCCUCUGCCCGAUCUGCAGCAACAAGAGAUGGGAGGAAGGACGAGGAGGAGGGAAACUCCUUCUUUCUUUUUCUCUUCCACUCUCCUCCGGAGAGCUUCUAGCUUGGACCUGCAGCUGUGUGUUCCCCUGCUUGGCCUAGCCUGGGAGCUGCGGUUGUUGUUUGACCUGGUUUGUUUUGGGUUGUUGAUCAAGCAUGUCUUCUGUUUUGUUGGUGGCGCCAGUCAGUCUGGAGCAGAAUGGUUCACACCCCCACUCUAUUCAUUCCUCUUCCACAGGUGUGCAGCAGGCAGAUCCUGAGCCAGAGACGCAGAAAGAAAGACACAUUAGAGAGGGAGGGGAAAAAAGAAAGAAAGAAAUGUCAGCCACUGGGCAGAAGGAAAAAUAAUAAUAAAUCAACUACUCCAGAAUUCUUUCCAUACUUCCUUUAGAAAAAAAGAGAAAGAGAGGAAAAAAAAAAUUCACAACUUUGCACGUUCAUAGCAUUUUACACACAUGUCUCUUAACUCUUUUGUUUUAGAUCAGAUGUGAAUUGUACACUUGUCUGGGAGGGAGGGGGGUUAAAUCUUCAGAAUACGUAAGUGUGGCCCUUCUGUUGAUAGAAGAUCAGGGGCAAAUCAGAGUUUAGAAGUAUAACUUUAAUGCGCUGAGCAGCUGAAAACUGAAGCUUUACUAAUCUACCAGAGGCGUUGUAGAUAACUUUUGUUUUGACAUCUAUUGUUUAAAAUAGAUGAUUUUAUUGUUUCCUCAGGGACUUUCUUCUCCCUGCAGGAGUGUUACAUAUUGUAUAGAUUAAAAAAAAAAAAUGAGUGACAUUUCAUACUAUGUAUAUAGAGAGAGGUUCUAUAAGUGUGAGAAAAGUAUAUGCUUUAAUAGACCUACUGUAAUUAUAAAAUAUUUUUAAUUAAAUAUUUUUUUGUAAAUAUUAUAAAGCUGUGUAUGUUUUUUUUUAAAUCUGUGGGAAGAUUUCUUUAGGAAAACUGUUUCUGGCUUAAGUGCAGAACUGCUGAUGAUGAAAAUAUGUUGGAUGUCGGGGGGGGGGUCUCUUCCUUUCCUCUCCCCCCACCCCCUUUAGCUUCAGAAACCACAGCUGUAGGUAGAGUUGGUCCUGCAUGAAUGCAUGAGAUGUCUAACCACAAAUAAACUUGUUGAGUCCAUACAGAUGUGUUUUUCUUUAAUUUGAAUUUAAAAAGAUGUUUGUAUCAUACGGUUUUGAAGCUACAUUUUUGUCUGUUAGGCACAGGGGGUGGUGGUUUAUAUUACAGUGUAUGCGAAACAGCGUUGAGAUGUAAGGGUUUUGUUUGUUACGAACUGAGAUGACUACUUUUUUCAAUAUGGGUACAGUGCUGAGGAAUAAUAAUGAGCAUUUAUAAAAUUCUUUUGUUGCCUAAACAGAAAUAGGAAUCACAAAACACGGAACACUUUUUUAACACCAAGAGGGAUGCUACCCCAGAAUUUCAGCCCUGUGGCAUAUUGCUUUGGAAAAACAGUGAAAAACGUUUUCUGCUUAUAACCAAAGGGCAAACUAUCAACAAAUGUACAGUUGCUGUUUCUUUCGUCCAAAGACUAUUGAUACUGAAACUUGGGGGGGGGGAUAGGGGGGGGAGAACAGGGAACAUUUCAGUCUGAUUACUGGUGUAAAUCAAUUUCAAAGAACUUAGACCAAAAAAUAAAAAUCAGAUGACUGUAUCAAGAUUAUUUUUCUAAUAUACAGCAGCAUUCAUUUCAUUACAGCUCUGUUACAUCUGAAAAUCCUGUUUAGUCUCUUGUUAUGUGUAACUUCUACAUGUAAACAUUAAACUAGAUUGACGUGC